AGAAAAAUAAUGAAAAUGGUAAUGUUAUUGUAAUCAAUAUUAUUGAUAUGAUUGUCAAUAUGAAUGCACAUAAUCCUGGAUUGGCGCCAAUAGUUCCUGUGUUAAAUUAAAUCAAAUUAGAACAAAAUGAAAAGUAAAAAAAGUUGGUCGUUGAUUUCGUGGAAAUUUGUUGUUUCCAAACGAAAAAAUAUUUUUUUUAAAAUCCAAAAAAUUCGGAAAAUGGAACUAAAAAAUUUAGCCAAUCAUUUAGCUGAAUCAUCAGAAAAUAAUGAUAGAAAAAAUGAACAACAACAACAACAACUGAAUCAACAACAACAACAAAAUCAUCAUCAACAACAACAACAACGUUUGAUGACAAUUAAACCAACAACAACAACAAUAUCAUCAUUAUCAUUACAUCCAUUAGAAAAUUGUUGGGUAUUUUGGCAUUAUCGUCGUGCUAGAAGACGUUCAACAAAAAAAUGGAUGGAUUGUCAACGAACAUUAGUUGAAAUCGAUACAAUAGAAUCAUUUUGGAUGUUUUUUGCUAAACAACGUUCACCAUCAAUGGUACGUAUUAAUCAAGAUUAUGCAUUAUUUCGUAAAGGUAUAAAACCAAUGUGGGAAGAUCCGGCUAAUAUGAAUGGUGGACAAUGGAUAUUUAUUUUACAAAAAUCACAAGAUAAUUAUGAUCAAAUUAUUAAUGAAUUAUGGUAUAAAAUAAUAAUGGCUAUGUUAGGUUCAAUAUUUCAUAAAGAUAUUAUUGAACAAAUAUGUGGUAUUGUAUUUUCAAUGCGUAUAUCAUGUUUUACAAAAAUUUCUAUUUGGGUUACUGAUUAUCGUGCUAUUAAACAAAUAUUAAUACUUGGUCAUGAAUUAAAACGUUUAACAAAAUUUAAUGAUUGUAUUUUAUUUCGUCGGAAUGAUAAUAUGCAAACGAAAUUUAUUUUAUAA